GCCAUGUCCACCGCAUCUUCUUCAUAGCAGUGUGCUAAAAUGGCCACCGAAAUGAUGGCCAGUGAAACGAAAGACCAGAAGAGCUAUGCCCUAUCGACAGUCACUUCCAAGCAUGAUGAUGUCGAAGAGGGCCAGAUCACCUCCACGCUCGAUGAGGCAGAGCUGUUCCUUCACGAACAUGGCAUCACCCACGCACAACUACAGGAAAUGCUAAGCGACAAGACGAGAUCAAAAAAUCUCCGACGACGCAUCGAUUGUAUCCUCCUACCGCUGCUGUGUGGAACGUAUGUGUUGCAGUACGUUGAUAAACAGGCUCUCUCAUACAGCGCGGUGUUCGAUCUCUUCGACAAUGCGAAUAUCACCAGUGAUCAGUAUAGCUGGCUGACCAGUAUUUUCUACUUCGGUUACCUUUUCUGGGAGUAUCCGGCUAGUUACAUCGCCCAGCGUUUACCAGUUGGAACUGUUAUUUCUACAUUUGUUCUCUGCUGGGGCUCCAUCCUCAUGAUCACAGCCAGCUCCCACAGCUUCACCGGACUAGGAAUCUGCCGCUUCCUCCUCGGAUGCUUCGAAGCCCCCAUCACACCGUGUUUCAUGAUGAUCGUCGGCAUGUGGUAUCUACGACAAGAACAGCCCUUCCGAGCAGGAUGUUUUUACUGCUGCAACGGCGUUGGUGCAAUGGUCGGAGGUUUGAUUACAUACGGCAUCGGCCAAAUCGAUAGCUUCCCUGUUUGGAAAGCCGUGUUUAUGAUUUGUGGUGGCGCGACGGUUAUCUGGGGUGUUGUGUUGAUGGUUUUUCUUCCAAAUAGUAUUCUCUCGUCGAAGAGGUUUACUGUCGAAGAAAAGAUCUUGCUUAUUGGGAGGGGAAAGCAGAAUCAAACGGGUAUCCUAAACCGCUCGAUUAAAUGGUACCAAAUCCGCGAGGCACUUGUCGACCCGCAAGUCUGGAUCCUUUUCCUCUUCACCUUGCUGAACGAGACCAUCAAUGGAGGUUUUGCCAACUUCGGAAAACUCAUCAUCAAAGGCCUCGUUGACAACUCCCUCCUAACAACGGCCCUAGGUAUCCCCCAAGGAGCCUUCCAAGUCUUCUUCAUCCUCUCAGGCUCGUACCUCGCAACACGAUUCAAGAAUAUCCGCACAAUCAUUAUGGCCAUCUAUCUCAUCCCCACCGUCCUCGGAAUAAGUCUCCUCUGGAAGUUUCCACGAAGUGAAAACCAAUACGGCGUGCUUUUCGGCUACUAUAUUACGGGAUCAUUUGUCUCCUCCCUCGUCCUCGCCCUCCAAAUGCCCUCAAGCAACAUGGGCGGCUACACCAAGCGCGUCACCUCAACCGCCCUCGUCUUCCUCGCCUACUGUAUCGGGAACAUCAUCGGUCCGCACGCGUUUCUGUCAGACGAAGCUCCCGUGUAUCCGACAGCAUGUAAACUGGGUCUGGCUUGUGCGGUGACGCAGAUUGCGUGUGCGUUGGGGUUAAGGGUGUUGCUGGUUUCGCGGAAUCGAGUUAGGGAGCACGGGAUAAGUGUUGAGGGGUUGGGGGAGGAGGUUUUGGCUGAUUUGACGGAUUUUGAAAAUCCGAGGUUUCGAUAUGUUUAUUGAGUUGGUUGGAUGCUGGAAUAUGUAUAACUUGUUGUGUAUCGGUUUGCGAGGGCUAAGGUAUUCUUCGGGUAUGGUAAAUAGGUAUGAGUAAUGGCAGUUUCUUGUAUAUGACAUGGUGGAAGAACUUAACUAUAGACAUGGCAUUCUAUACUUGCCAGUCGUUCUUUCCCAGACGAACCUUAUCUGAUUAUAAUUAUAGCGACUGCCU